UAGGUGAACACGUGGGUUGUAGCGUAUGUCAUUUGCAGAUCACAUGUCUUCGCAGAGGGUUGUGUUCAACUGCCUGCGAUAACAACAGAGGAUUUGCAUUACCUGACAAGGGGGUACUGCUAGUUUGCUCGAUAGUUUUUUUGGCACGGGGCUGCUUUUCGUCUGCUUCUUCAAGGCUGUUGCUCAUGCGACAUGCUGGGCAGAAAAAACAGGAGGGCGCCAGCGCCCAAAGGCCAGGGUGCCGCUGCAGCGAAACAGAUGGGGCUGUUCGUGGACUUCAAUCCCGAAGAAAUGAUGAUGGAUAUGGACGGGAAUCUCAAUGACCCCGACUUGGAGGCAGAGUUUGCUGCUAUUGUUGGUAGUAAAACAGCUGCCGGUGGAAGAUCAAAACCGAAAGGAAAGACCCCCUUACCGAUGGAAGAUAUAGAGAAAAUGGCAGAAGAAUGCAUGAAAGACACAUAUAAUGAGGAUGAUGAUGAAGAUCUGGAAAAUGACGAAGACUUAUUGGCUGAGCUACAGGAAGUAGUGGGUGAGGAAGAAACUGAAGAUGAGGGCAUAGAAUCACCUACAUGCCCUGUCUCCGUGGAAACAUCUCCAGCAGAAACGCCUGAAUUGCCACAGCAGGAAGUGAAAGUCACCGCCACUCCUGGCAGUCUGCAGCACACCUUGGAGGAGAGAAUAAACAUGUACAAGACUGCGACAGCAAACGCCAAGGCGUCGGGGGAGUCUUCCAAAGCUCGGCGAUAUGAGAGAGGCCUCAAGACCCUCGAGACCAUGCUUGCAUCUGUGAAGAAGGGGACGAAGAUUGAGGAAGGGGAUAUACCUCCGCCAGUGAUCUGUGGGGCCCCUGGUGCCCCCCCAGUCACGGCUGCGCCUGAGCCAGCGCCUCCCGAGCAGGAGACGCAGGCUGUUUCCCCAGAGACCGGACCUAGCAGCGAGGCCUCCUCCACCUUAGCCACACCUGAACUGAGCUGUGUUACCUCACCAACUGAGGAGAACAGCUCAGCGGAGACUGCAGAAUCCCACUCAGAAGCCACAGCCGGCCAGCAGCAGGCUACCAAGGCGAUGCUUCUGGGGCGGCAGAGGGAGUACAAGCUGGCCGCUCUGAAAGCCAAGCAGCAAGGAGACCUGGAGGGAGCCAAGCUGUUCAUGAAGACCAGUAAGAAAUUUGAAGCGGUGCUGGAGGCGCUGGAGAACGGGCAGCCCGUGGACCUGAGCAACAUGCCUCCGCCUCCCGGAGCAGUGGAGGUCCAGGAGACCACGCCCUCCCCCAGCCCAGCGAAGAAGCCCACACCCAGCCAGGCUGCAGACCCCACCCCUCCCGCCUCUGUCGCCCCAGCUGCUCCCCCUCAGCCCAAGGAUGCCCUGGAGGCCCUGGAGCAGAGGAUGGCCAAGUACCAGGAGGCGAGCGCUCAGGCCAAAGCCGCCGGAGAUGACCGCAAAGCCCGCAUGCAUGACCGCAUAGCGAAGCAAUACCAGAGUGCCAUCCGGGCACACAAAGCGGGUAGGCCUGUCCAGUACCAGGAGCUGCCUGUCCCGCCAGGGUUUCCUCCAAUCCCCGGUCAAACGGAGGUGGGAGCGGAGCUGCACUUUGCUGCAGUGCUGGAUGCAGCAACCAAGCUGGUGUCAGACGAGGGCCAGGAGGCGGAGGAGGGCGAGGACGAGGAGGAGGCCGAAGAGGUGGGAAAAAACAAGCCUCCUGUCUCCCAGAAGCCCAAGAAACCCACGCUGGCCGUGCCCCCCACAGUGCAGGGCCGCGGGCCGUCCCCCUCCCCCUCUCCCUCUCUGGAGAGGCCUGCCAAAAAGGAGGGCCUGUCCCCAACAGCCCAGCAGCAGGUGGACUUCCUGGAGGGCCGGAAGAAGCAGUACAUGAAGGCCGCCCUGCAGUCCAAGCAGAAGAAGGACAUGGACCAGGCCAGGAGCUUCCUGCGCGCCGCCAAGGGCUUCGACCCCAUAAUCGAGGCCGCCAAGAGCGGGAAAGCCGUCGACAUCUCCAAGGUCCCGUCUCCUCCCGGGGAUGAGGACGACGACUUCAUCAUGGUGCACCACAGCGACGUUCAGCUCUCGGAGAAGGCCGAGGAGGUUUACACCCAGCUGGCCAAGCUGCUGAAGGAGCAGUACGAGAAAUGCUUGAAGUACUCCAAGCAGUUCACGCACCUGGGGAACAUCUCAGAGACCACCAAGUUUGAGAAGAUGGCAGAGAGCUGUAAGAAAAAUAUGGAGAUCCUGAAGCUGUCCCAGGCACGGGGACUGGACCCCCCCAAACACCACUUUGAAGACAGGACCUACAAGACCGUCAGGAUCUUCCCAGAUCUCAGCAGUACAGAGAUGGUGGUGGUGAUUGUUAAAGGGAUGAAUCUCCCUGCCCCGCACGGCAUAGCGACUAACGACCUGGACGCUUACGUCAAAUUUGAAUUCCCGUACCCCAGCACGGAACAACCACAGAAGCACAAGACCGCUGUCAUCAAAAACACAAAUUGUCCAGAGUACAACCAGAGCUUCACGCUGAACAUAAACCGGACCCACCGCGGCUUUCGCAGGAUCAUCCAGUCAAAGGGGCUCAAACUGGAGGUGCUGCACAAAGGGGGCUUCCUCCGGAGUGACAAGCCUGUGGGGACGGCCCACCUAAAGCUGGAGAAACUGGAGACGGAGAGUGAAGUACGAGAGAUUGUGGAGGUGAUUGACGGACGGAAGCCCACGGGGGGGCGAGUAGAGGUGAGGGUGCGCCUACGGGAGCCCCUGAGCGGACAGGAUCUCCAAACCGUCACAGAGCGCUGGAUGGUCCUGGAGCAGCCCCAGGUUGUUCUAUAAGCUACUCCUCCAAGAAGAAAACUUCUCAUAAGCUGGAGAGGCCCUAGACGAGGGGGACAAGAGGACACGUUGCGAAGGCUUAUGUUGAGUGUGGCUGUUGGUGGCAGAAACCGCCCUCGUCCUGGCAGCGGUUGUGGAGCCCGCUGCUCCACGCGACCUCUCGCGAUCUCCCGCACACAGACGGACACGCCAGCUCCUGUUGACAGCGACGGGGCCCCGACAGGACUGGCGUGUCUACUUGGGAAGGAGUUAAUUUUGCGUCUCAAGGUUUGGAAUUAGGUGUAAAAGGAAGCACGUGUAACUUAGCGGAAGGACUUUUACAUUCUAGCCAUUUCAAGUUAGCCAUAGGGUCCUGCCUGGGACAUGUUGUGAUCUCAAAGUGGAUGUGAUUUGAUAUGCACUUAUGCACUAAUACCAAAGUAAUCACUGUUGCUGUAGUGUGCUAAAGUAAAAUUUUUUUUUUUUUUAAACCAUAUUAAUAAAUGACUUUAGCUGCCAAACUGGCAAUACACAUAAAGCACCCCAGUGCAUAGGCUGUUGUGUUGGUGCUGCUAAUCUAUGCAAGUUCUAAUAUUUCAGCACUAUUUCUUAGAUUUUGCUGGUGAAAGUUUAUCAACACCUUUUCUGUGCGAGUCCACAUAGGUGAUCUGUCUUAUUGAUGUUGCCGAAGUCUCUCUCAGCUGGAUCAGUCUGCAGGCAGUACGCUCACAAUGCACUCCUGUUGGUUUUCACCUUUCAUUCAGUAUCGCCGAAACACAACCACUGAAAAUGCUGCACUACUGGGAUUUUUCCAUUCAGGGAAACAGAGCUGGAUGAGACUUGUGUGCCAGUACGUAAUCUAAAGCUAUCUAAAUUUUAUGCAGCUUAUCUAAAUCAGGGAAAGCAAUUUAGAUCUGAAGAACUAGUAGGAAGGAAGGACUGGUACCAUUUAGUACCAAUUCAAUCUUCUAUAACCAGUAUCAGCCUUGGAGUAAUCCUGAAGAGUACACAACUGGAGAACUGGUCUGUAUGCUGAUUACUCUGAUUAAAAUGGCCAAACGGAUGUAUACAUACAAAAUGUUGCCAAGUACUUGAAUUCAUAUCAAGUAAAUGAUUGGACCAUCAAUAAUUAAUAUUUAAGAGCAGAAUGAAAUUCAGGAACAGAUCAACCUUUCUACUGCACCCCACUCCAAAGGUACUUUAACAGUUUACAGAAUUAUUUUUCAUUCAGGACUUUCCAAGUGAGAUUUAUAUUCUUUCAAAUAUGAGUUUGCACUGAAAAUAUAAUAUUUACUUUUAUGCUCUACAGACCCCAACAUUACAGGCAAUACAGGUCAUUAAUAAAAAAAUAAAUAAAAUAAGUUUUAUUUCUGUAUAUUUCACACCAUUAUAGCCAAGGCUGCAGCAGUAUUCUAAUGUUUCAUUGCAUGUUCUUGUCUGACUGUUUUAAUGUUGCUGUAUGUUCAGUUUAUUUCGGGUUUACAUUGUUCCCACGAUGUUAAAGCCAUCAGUGCUUUCACAGAGCAGGUUGUGAAUUGAGAGAGAGGGGGUCGGGCACAUUGAGGUUAGGCGAAGCAGUGCACCCUCUGUGCUCCCCCCUCCCCCCCUCCCCCCUCCCUGUAUAAAGGCGCUCCGGAGAGGCUGGGCUGUGUAAAUGUGCUGACACUGCAGACUGCUGUAGCUGUGUGCUGCGCAGAAAGAGAUGAGCAGCCAGGACAUUUAACCAUCGGUGACAUCAGCGGACAGACUGCGCAGACUGCAGACAUGACGCAGGCCGCGCCCCAGCGCACAGCCGGGUCGCUGUGCGUUCUCUAGCGCCAUCUGCUGCUCCAGAAUAAUGCUACUGCACUGUUAAUGGCUUUGACACUUUUCUCUGUAAAUCAAUUGUAAACUGGCUUGCAUUUAAAUAAAAGUUAAUUUGAAUAUG